CUCGACAAGCAAAGAAGAAUCCUCAUUCUCCUCAUCCUCAAGUGCUAAUAUCAGCUCAUGGGAAUACUGGCCAACCUUUGAAGCCUAUAAAGUUUUCUAUCCCAUUAAUGAUGUAAUAGAAAAACUGAAAACGGAAACAACAACAAGCACAAAAAUUGUGACUGAAAUUGGCAACGUUAAAGAUGAUAACAUGACAAACAAUAAAACUAAAUUAAUAACUGAAACAACUACUACAACGACUACAGCAACUGCAACUGCAAUAACAGAAUCUGAUAAAUCAUGA